GACGCCAUGAUGUCCAUCCUCUUCGUUCUUCUCUGCCUCGGUCAGUUGUGGACAUGGGAAAUGGCAGCAGGAGGGGGUGGCACCCCUUUAUUCAUGGGGAACCUCAGGCUCAGGCAGCUCAAGUGGACGGGGCCUGAUGGGAGGGGAAUCAGCUGAGACGUCAGGAUGCAAAUCUCUCACAGGGACUCUCUUCCAGGGCUGAGUCUGGGCCAUAAGAUGCAAGUGCAGACAGGGCCCCUCCCCAAACCCACUCUCUGGGCUGAGCCAGGCUUUGUGAUUCCUGAAGGGAGCCCUGUGACCCUCCGGUGUCAGGGGACCAGGGAGGCCAAAAAGUUUGAUCUGUAUAAAAAAGGAAAAUGUGUGCUUGCGAACACAUGGACUCAAAGGAAGUCCACAGCCAAGGGCAAGUUCACCAUCACACACAUGACAGGGCAGGAUGCAGGGAGAUACUCCUAUUAUUAUAACAGCCCCAGUGACUGGUCAGAGCCCAGUGACACCCUGGAGCUGGUGGGGACAGGAUUCUACAGCAAACCCAGCCUCUCAGCCCUUCCCAGUCCUGUCGUGACCUCAGGAGGGAAGGUGAUCCUCCAGUGUCGCUCAGGGCGGGGAUUUGACAGGUUCCUUCUGACUAAGGAAGGAGAUCACAGGUUCUCCUGGUCCUUGGAUUCGCAGCCACAGCCCAGUGGGCUGUCACAGGCCCUGUUCCCUGUGAGUCCUGUGACCCCCAGCCACAGGUGGAGGUUCCGAUGUUAUGGCUGCUACAAGAACAGAUCCCAGGUGUGCUCACAUCCCAGUAAUGCCCUGGAACUGCUGGUCUCAGGUGAGUCUGGGAAGCCUUCCCUCCUGAGCCAGCAGGGCCCAAUUGUGGCCUCUGGACAGAACCUGACCCUACAGUGUCGCUCUGAUGUCGGCUAUGACAGAUUCACUCUGCACAAGGAGGGGGGACAGGACCUCCCCCAGAGCCUUGUCCUGAAGCCCCAGGCUGGGCUUUCUCAGGCCCACUUCCUCCUGGACACUGUGAGAAGCUCCCACGGGGGCCGGUACCGAUGCUACGGUGGAUACAACCUCUCCUCUGAGUGGUCGGCCCCCAGUGACCCCCUGGACAUUCUGGUAGCAGGAUGGCUUCAUGACAAACCCUCUCUCUCAGUGAAGCCAGGACCCAGGGUCGCCUCAGGAGAGAACGUGACCCUGCUGUGUCAGUCACGGAAACCAAUGGCCAUGUUUCUUCUGUCAAAGGAGGGGGCAGCCGAUCCCUCCCUUCGUCUGAGAUCAGAGCACCGAGGUCAGGAGUACCAGGCAGAGUUCUCCAUGAAUCCUGUGUCCUCAGCCGAUGGGGGCACCUACAGUUGCUACAGCUCACUCAGCUCCUCCACCUAUCUGCUGUCAUAUCCCAGUGAUCCCCUGGAGCUCCUGAUCUCAGGUGAGGGUUCCUGA